ACACACACACACACACACACACACACACAAUCCUAGCAACUACAAAACAACAAGUGCGCGCGCUGUGCGGAUUGGUGCGCACACCGUCACCGAGCCAAGCGACCGCUGCGCCGCGCGCUCCUCCCCAUUUCGCAGCGUUGUAUAGAAACGGCACAACACACGCACACACGCACGCACGCACGCGCACACACACGCAUAGAGCGCACCGGGAGACGCGCCAGAUGUUACUUAUACGCCGCACGUGCGAGGCAACCCGGCCCGUAAUGGCAUGCGCGUCCAUCCCUAAUUCAACCUAGAUUUAAUUCUAUCCAUUAUCAUCAUCAUAUAAAAAAAGCUAGGUGCGUUUAUUAAAGGCGAGGCCGUCAUGUUGCACACCGGGAUCUGCGUGAAGGGAUGAUGACACCGGCCGCGACGUCACGAGCCCGAUAUGAUGACUCCAUAAAAAACCAGAGGAACACCAUUACACACUCAGGAUCAAGUCCUCUAAGGUUGAUAUGCUGAUGAUAUCCGUGCCACACAACAGAAUUUGAAUUAUGGGUAACGUGGAGAGCCAGUAUGGCAGCCACAGUUUCUACAGUGACCGUGAACGGCAGCUGUCACGGAAGCGAGUUUCCCGAUCAUUGCGUCUAUCAGGGAAGCAGUCGUACCAGAGAAAACCCGAGCACCGUAACUCCGAGACAAGCACACGUUCCAGUAGCACACCCAGCAUCCCGCAGUCGCUUGCUGAACAUGGCCUGGAGCCGUUUGACGACGCCGAUGCACUGCCACACUUCAGCUCGCCCAUCUGGGUUGACCGGGUGGCUAUGAAUCUGCGCCCUAUGAGCUUCCACAAGGAUUCAGCUAAUGAACCAAGUAACAACACUCCAGCGAACAUUCCUGCUGUUGAUGUGAGUCCCCAGGACACCUCUAAGCCACCAGAUGGGGCUGGCUCUUUCAAGAAAAAGCGUUCCAAAUCUGCAGACAUAUGGAGGGAUGAUUCUUUGGAGGUAUCUCUGUCUGAUGCAAGCCUGGAGCGCCUAACAAGCACGGAGGAUCUCAUGGACAAUGCUAUCAAUACUGAUGUCACCCGUGCGAAUUCGCUGGGUGAGCUUUACACACCACAGAACUACGCUAAAAAACGCCACAAGGGUGGAGUCCUAUGCAGAGACAGUGAGGAGGACAAAAUGCUGUCUCCAUGCGAGGACGACGGUGCCACUUAUGGAGCGUUCACAUUGCCCUGCCGUCGGUCUCAUUGUCUGUCAGAGGGUUUGACCAAUUACCAGGCAGCGAUGCCGGGAAGGCGGGCACAAACUAUACAAGAUGUGACAGUGGGGGACGUCACUGAGCUGGAGGACAGUGGGAUUGAUGGCCUGAUUGGAGACGGUGAUGUGUGUGAGCUUCCAUCCCGCCAUUACAAGGCCCUGUCUGUGUACUCCACACCAGCAGGGGGAAGCAGAGACACGCCUGAAGCUGCCGUGCAGGGCGUUUAUGAGAACUUUCGUCAGGAGCUGGAGAAAAGCAGCUACAAGGCGGAGACACUGGAGGAAGGGGCGUCGGCCCUAAGCGAUGAACUGAGCUCGGCCAAUCAGACGGAAGCACUUUUGGGUGUGACCGAAGGCUGCGUACGCAAAGCCGGCCGUCUUAAUGUAAAAAACCUGCUCGUGCACAAGAAGAACAAGAAGGUGGAGCUCGCUGCUCGUCGCAAGUGGAAGAGCUACUGGGUCUCACUAAAAGGAUGCACUCUGUUUUUUUAUGAGACGGACGGGCGAUCGGGAAUCGAUCACAACAGCAUCCCAAAACAUGCCGUGUGGGCAGAGAACAGUAUUGCACAGGCUGUUCCCGAGCAUCCAAAAAAAGAUUUUGUCUUCUGCCUCAGCAACUCGAUGGGAGACUCCUUCCUUUUCCAGACAUGUAGUCAGACAGAGGUGGAGAACUGGGUGACGGCGAUCCAUUCUGCCUGCGCAGCUGCCGUUGCGCGGCAACAUCACCGCGAGGACACGGUACGCUUCCUUCGCUCCGAGAUCCGAAAACUGGAGCAGAAGAUCGACAUGGAUGAGAAGAUGAAGAAGAUGGGAGACAUGCAGUUAGCCUCCGUCAGUGAUACCAAGAAGAGGAAAACCAUUCUGGAACAGAUCUCAGUAUGGGAGCAGAACCUGGAGUGUUAUAACGUGGACCUUUUCCGUUUGAGGUGUUAUUUAUGCAGCCUGCAGGGGGAGGAGCUUCCCAAUCCGAAGCCUCUUCUCUCCGUGGCUUCACGCUCCACAAAAAUCUCCAUGGGACGUCUCGGCUUCUCGGUGUCUUCUUUCCACGCUCUGGUGGCAGCACGUACAGAAAGCAGCGUUCGGAGGCGAGCACACGCCAUGUCACACUCCAUUGGCAAGCGGAAAAGUCGCUUCUCCUCCCUGUGGGGACUGGAGACAAACUCAAAGAGGAAAUUACACACACACACACACCCCAGCAUUGAACAGGUGUUUGCAGAAGGGGAGGAGCCUGUGAAAAGGGAUCUGGAAGGAAUGUUGGAGGAAUCUUCAAGGACAAAUGUGAAAGAUGAGCAUGUUUGUGUGACUGGGCUGGUGAAGGGCCGCCUGACGCCGUCCUGGGUGUGUUUACCUGACGCUCGUCCCAUUCUCACGGUCAUACGACCCGGAGAGUCGGCGCUCGACACACUGGAGACCAUCUGUAAGGCUCACGAUUUGGACUCAACCAAACAUUACCUGUGUUUAAAAUUCUUGAUUGAGACACAGGUGCAGUUCUACAUCCCCAAGCCGGAAGAGGACGUGUACGACCUGCUCUAUAAGGAGAUCGAGCUCUGCUCCAAGAUUAGGAAAGUCAUUCAGUUUGACAGGGACGAGUCCUGCAUGAUCGGCUAUGGUUUCUCGAUCUCUAUGGUGGAGGACGACAGCGUGCAGCAACUCUACAUUACGGACGUAAAAGCGGGAGGAUUAGCGUUCGCCAAAGGUUUGAAUGCGGGAGACGAGAUCCUGCAGCUGAAUGGCAAAAACUCCAGCACGUUGACAUUCUCCGAUAUGAAGACUGCGUUCUCUCAGGCAUCUCUCUCACUCACCGUGAACACGCUGCCCCCGAUGGACCGAAGGCAACACUGCUUCCUACCCCCGAGACGCUCUGAUGCCGUCCAGCAACUGUACACUGACAUCUUCUCCCAGAACCAGGAGGAUAUUCUCGAUGACGGAGUUGGGCUCAUCUCCGAGACGUCCGGGGACAGCCUAGACGACGACAUCGAGCUGUUUAGCGACUACAGGGACUAUGAAACGAGCACGGAGCAGGUCGCUGCUUUUUGCCGAAGCCUUCAUGAGAUGAACCCGUCAUCCGAAGCAGCUUCGUCUUCUUCAUCUUCCUCACUUCCUCGUCAGCUCUCGGACGCUGAUAAACUGCGCAAGGUCAUCUGUGAGCUGGUGGAGACCGAGCGUACUUACGUAAAGGAUUUGAAUUGUCUUAUCGGAAGAUAUUUGACUCCUCUGCAGAAGGAAAGCUUCCUCACCCAGGAUGAGCUGGACGUGUUGUUCGGAAACCUUCCGGAGAUGCUGGAGUUUCAGGUGGAGUUUUUGCGCACACUGGAGGAUGGAACGCGACUCGUCCCUGACCUGGAGAAACUGGAGCGAGUCGAUCAGUUCAAGAAAGUUCUUUUCUCUCUCGGAGGUUCGUUCCUUUAUUAUGCCGAUCGCUUCAAGAUCUACAGUGCGUUCUGUGCAAGUCACACUAAAGUCCCCAAAGUCCUGACGAAAGCAAAGACAGACCCUGACUUUAAGGCUUUCCUAGACGAGAGGAACCCGAAGCAGCAGCACUCGUCCACACUCGAGUCGUAUCUCAUUAAACCCAUCCAGAGAGUGCUGAAGUACCCGCUGCUGCUGCGAGAGCUGUACACACUCACUGACCCCGAGAGUGAGGAGCACUACCACCUGGAUGUGGCAGUGAAGGCCAUGAAUAAAGUAGCCAGCCACAUAAAUGAGAUGCAGAAGCUCCAUGAGGAAUUUGGUGCCGUGUUUGACCAGCUCAUCGCAGAACAGACCGGCAACAAAAAAGAGGUAGCUGAUCUUUCGAUGGGAGAUCUGCUGCUACACACCACACUGAUUUGGCUCAAUCCUCCGUCAUCGUUGGGAAAAUGGAAGAAGGAGCCACAACUGGCCGCCUUCGUGUUUAAAACAGCCGUUGUUUUUGUCUGCAAAGACGGCUCCAAACAAAAGAAGAAAAUGGGUGGAUCACAACGUGCAUCAGUAUCAGGUGAAGACAGAGACCCUUUCCGUUUCCGUCACAUGAUCCCCACCGAUGCCCUUCAAGUUCGAACCCUGACUGGUGCAGAAGGUGACAGUGCUGCUGUGUGUGAGAUCAUCCAUGUGAAAUCUGAGUCGGAAGGAAGGCCAGAGCGAGUGUUUCACCUCUGCUGCAGUUCUGCCGAAAGCAAGAAGGACUUCCUGAAGACGGUACACUCCAUUUUAAGAGAUAAACAGAGACGGCAGUUGAUGAAGACAGAAAGUCUUCCUCCCAGCCAGCAGUACGUGCCAUUUGGAGGGAAGCGUCUAUGCGCUCUGAAAGGAGCCAGACCUGCCAUGAACCGAGCAGCCUCAGCUCCAACACGUACUCUGGGUCGACGCAAGCUAGUGCGUAACCGCUUCACCAUUGACACAGACAUCGUGUUCGACACUGAUGCCGACGCUGACUCCCCAGACUCCCAGACCUCCCUACAGCCAGGUGAUACGGACCGCUGGGUGGAGGAGCAGUUUGACCUGCAGCGCUAUGAGGAGCAAGAGCAAGCAAAAGAGACAGAUUUACUGAGCGAUGAUGAUGGAGACGGCGACGAUGAAGACCUCGGUCAGGAGCUAGAAGGACCUGUUUCGGCCGUGUCGCUAGACGACGAUGAAGAAAACACGAAAACCGAAGGCAAAGACUGCAAAUCCCAGCAUGCUUUGAGGCUAUCACAUCUCGGGAAGCAGUGCGCCAUGUCCGUGGCCAGCGUAGAUGAGCAGUCGGUUGUUGCCGACGAGGACGUGUGGGUGCGGCGGCAGACGAGCAGUACUGACAGCGAUACACAGAAUGAGCCACAAAGCUGAAGACUACCCAACGUUACACAACAAUAGAGUUUGAUGAGUAGAAUUUGGUCAGAAAAAAAGAGCCAGAAAUGUAACCACCAGACUUUAGACAAUUUAAAGGAAAUACAAUAAAAAUGACGCAAAUGCUAAUCCCCAUUAAGCAGCAUGGUCUAACUGUAUGUCACUCCUUCUAAGAAAAUGUCAACAGGGGUAUGUUGAAAACACUGCAAAGGAACUGCAGAGAUUCUCUUCUUCAGCAUCACAAAUAUCGGUGUUAGAUCUAAUACUGUACAGUACAUAAUCUCUCUUAACUGCCACUUUGGACGUAAGAUCACUUCAGCUCUGUCGAGACACUUUCCGUUAUUUCAGGCGUCUUCUUUAAACGUACGCCACCCGAAAGGUGGGUGAGAUUAUUCGAAUAUUUCCCAGAUGGAACGUGAAAAUCUUAGCCAACAUCAGCUUGAUGUGUGUAAUGUACAACUACAGAACGUACAAGUGUACGUGGUGUUCGCCAAUUAUCAUGUUUUUUUUAAACAUUCUAAGUGGAUUGACUACUAAUUGACUGUAGGUAGAAAUGGAUGUGCAUAGUGACUGAUGACUGACAUCCCAUGUAGGGUUCCUCCUGAGUUAGGCUCAACGAUCCUGGUCCUGAGGAUAAUAAUGUUGAAUUCUGUAUAUCUAUAGCGCCUUUCUAACACUCAACGUUAUCGCCUAAUGGCAAUUCUCAUUCAGAUACUGGAUCGAUAUCUACAGUCCCCUCCAAAAGUAUUAGAACGGCAAGGCCAAUUCUUUUCUUUGUGCUAUACACCGAAGGUACAGUAAUUACGAGCAGACGGAUCAUAUUUAAGCUUCCGUUUCCUGAUAUUUAUAUAUAGAUGUGUUAAGUAACUUAGAACAUGGCACCUUUGGUGGCAGACCACUCAAAUUAUUUCCGCUCUGUAUGAAGGGAAAACCGUCACUGUUUUAGAGCGGACGGUCUUAAAGUAAAUAAAACUUGAUAUUUGUUUGCAUAUUUAUUUGUAUUUAUGCAAAUGUAUUUAUGUAUCUCUAAUCGGUGUAUAGGGGGCACGGUGGCUUAGUGGUUAGCACGUUUGCCUCACACCUCCAGGGUUGG